AACAAUAAUUUUAUUUUUAUUGCCACUCUUGUGCUUGAUGGAGAUGAUAACUGUUUACUCUUAAUGUUUUAAACUAAAAUCAUAUUAGAUAUUGAUGUAAGAUGCCGUCAUUCUAAGGUUUUAACCCGUUCUGCACUAGGACAAAAUUUGUUGUGGAUCUAACCACUGAAUGCUACAAAAAAUUCACAUUUGCAGCAUGACUGUACACUCAUUAUAGUGCUUGCGUUCAUCUAUACUCAACAGACAUCAUCUAAAUAAAAUUAAAAAACCAUUCAUCAACUGCAAAUUGAAAUUUAAGUUAUGUAAGUGUAAAUACACACCUGACAUAAAAAUUAGUUUGCCAGAAAUCAAAACCUCUCCUCUCAACUUCAGAUUUAGAAACGUCUUGCGAACGUGAAACCAACUUCCGCAGCAGCCGCCUGUAGGGCGGCGGUCGAAGCACGUGAGCACCGAGCUGGUCACCAUGGAGUCAGUUACCGGUAGGAGGCGCGCUCACAAAAGUGAGAGAGUCCGAGCUCAGAGGUCCGCUCUUUAUCCUCGCUGUACUGUUGCUAUGGGAAACACAGGCGUCUCUACCGUCACUGACAGCUGUUGGCAGUACUGUUUUUAUGUUUACUUCACAACGGUGCUAGUUUAAAGAAGCUACUGCUGAAGUAAUGAGAUGUAACUGAUAGCAGAUUGUAAGGACAGCUAAUCCCCUGCUGACCUCACCAAGCUGAAAGAACACCUGAAGGAAGCAGCAGCUCUUAGAGGAUCUGAACAUUGCUCUGAGGUACUUUAACUCGUUUCAUGAUGAUGGAGCGGAGGUCCAACUCACCGCUGCCCUGUUUGGAUCUGAACAACUUCGAGUCUGCCGCAGCGGAGAGGAGUCGGUAUGUUUUAACAAGCCCCCGAUCUCUGGAGUCCUGCGCUCGACUUGGUGUCAGACCAGUGCAGCUUCUGAUCAAGUCGCUCAACGAGUUGAUCGCUGAACGACGUGACAUGCCUUUUGAGGCGAUGAGAGUCAUGCAUGAAUCCUAUGAAAAAGAGAGAACAAAGCUUGUGCAAAUGUGCCGCGAGGAGCGGGAGAGGAUUAUCCAGGAGGACAUGCGGACAGAGGACAGGUGGCCCAGUGGACAUAAAGCCUCAGUGCUGCCUCACAGCAAACUGAAGGAUCCCUCAGCUGACAAACACUCAUCAGGGCCUGUUCCUUAUGCAGAUCUGUGCUCUAAAGGGAAAUCUGUCAGCAGGUCCACCUGUUCUGUUGCUGGGAAAAGGGACUCAGACAGGAGCACAGUCUGCAGCUUCAGUCUGGGAGACCUCAGACAAUCCCCAGCUACUGAGAUGCAACUGCAGAGGAUCACCAAAGACAUCAACAAGGAGAUGUAUGUCACAGUGCCAGAGAGAGACCGCAAGAUAGCAGCUCUCAUGCUGGUGAAGCACCAGGAGGAGGAGGCUCGCCUGAAGCUCUGCCAGCGAGAGGAGCAGGAGCGACAGGAGGCCCGCAGGCAGGAGGAGGCCCAGCAGGCCGAAGCAGAGAAAAAGAGAAGGAAGAAGCUGAGGCAGAGCAUGAACCGCUGGAACGAGGAGCUGAAGGCCCGCAGGAGGCUGAGGGAGUGUCAGGAGAAAGAGAAAGCAGGGCUACUAGAGCAGGAGGUGAUGCUGCAAGAAGACCGCUGGAAGAGGCUGAAGGAGGAGGUGGAGGCCCAACGCAGAGAGAAGAUAGAGGUUGCACAGAAAGAGGCAGAGGAGCGCAAAUGUUACCAGGAGAAGCUGUUGAGAGAGAAAGAGGAGGUGGAGAAGAGGCACCUGGAGAAAGAGAGGCAGGUAGCAGAGGAGAGAGAGGAGAAGGCCCGGAGGAGCAAAGUGUUGCAGGAGAAGAGGGAGCGGAGGAGGCUGCAGGAGGAAAACCGCAGAGAGCUGCUGCGACACAUCCUGCUGAAACAAAAGGUGGAGCAGCAGGUGGAGGAAGAGGAAGCUCACAUGAAGAGCACACUUGAGAAGAAGCUGCAGCACUCCUGCCAGAAGCGAGCCCAGGUUGUAGGAGCUCGGCUGAGGGAGCUGCAGGAGAGAGGAGCCCGAGAGGACGAGCAGAUUCAAAGGGCGCAGCUGAGGGCAGAGCUGCAAAACAUCCAGCAGCUCACGCACAAACAGAUCCUGGUCCAACUGAGCCAGCGUCGCGUGGAGAGAGCCGCCCUGAAAGCCUCGGCUCAGCGCAGGAGCAGAGCUCAACAGACACAGCAGCGAAACAAACACAAGCAGAUCUGCCACCUGAGGCUCAGAGAGAAGCUGCAGAGAGAGGAGGAGGCCCUGAGACAGGUCAGGGAAAGCUAUGUCUCUAUGAAGGAGUGGAAGAGGGAGAGGCUGCAGAAACAGCGAGAGCAAAUACAGGAGGAGGCACAGAGGCUGGCUCGGGCCUCCUUUCACAUGAGGGAGAGAGUGAGGCAGCAGACACACAGGCGGACCUUUGAUCAGAUGGCUCGGGAGGCUCAGCUGACUGCCUCCAUAAGCCGCCUGAAACUGUGAGAGAAAUGAUUAACUCCCAUCUGACCUCAGGAAAGCUCUUUUUGACACACUCUUCUAAAGUUACUUAUAGAAGGAUGUGUAAUCAAAUAAAAGAUUUCAGCGGAUUCUCAAAACAAAUGAUAGCACUUUCUGAAGAUGUAGCAUGUACAGUCAUGGAUGAAAAUAUUGGCAUCCCUGGAGUUUUUCCAGAAAGUGCACCAUUUCUCCCAGACAUUGUUGCAAUUACAAAUGUUUUUGAUAUACACAUGUUUAUUUCUUUGAUGUGCAUUGGAAAAACACAAAAAAGAAGAAGAAAAAAGCAAAAAUUGACAUAAUUUUACACAAAACUCAAAAAAUGAGCUGGACAGAAAUUGUUGGCACCCUUGAACAUCAAGGAAUUAAACACAUGUAUACCAAAAAAAUUUGCAAUUGCAACAAUUUCUGGGAGACAUGGUGUAUUUUCUGGAAAAAUUUCAGGGGUGUCAAUACUUUCCUCCAUGACUGCAUGUGAAUGUGCUAUCACUGGAGUGCUGCUUGAUGCUGGGACCCUGGAACGUGCCAUUAAAUAUUAUCAUGUCAGAGCUGUUUGUACUGGGCUAAAGUAUUCUGUCAUAAUGGUGAAUGUAAAAAGGGUAAACUGUGAUUUUAGGAGUGCAGUGACUCAUAUACAAUGCUGCUAAUGGCUAAUGGAAUUGUGCGCUAUACACGCACAAUGUACAAUGGCAUUUACAUUUAUAAACAUUUAGAAUGAAACUGCUUCAUUCUGCCCAUCAGGAUAAUAAACACAUUUGCGUUUUGAGAUUGUGACCCCAUUAAAUGUAAUGCCUUGUUGUGUCUGCGCAUGUCAGGGUGCAUAUCUGUGAGCUGAACUACUCAACCAGAGGGAUUUUUGCUUCUCAGUUGUUUAUGAUCUUGUGAGUCCUGCCUCCAGAGGUACGAAUGAUUUGCUGUACGGGCAAUCAAACUUUCUUAUAUAAGGAAAGGAUUUGUUUGUGCAUUUAAACCAGUCAGUUUGUAUUGAAUUAUCUCACAUUACACACUGUAGAAUUACACCCACAUUCAAUAGGAGAGAUAUGAUGUAUUAAAUGAGAGACCAGCAGGCAGUCAGAUGGCAGAGUGGAGUUUUUAGCCUGCAAAAAUUUGCCAUACAGUGUAGGGUUAAACUGUUUGCAGGUAUCAGGUGCUUGAAGACUGAUAUCAUAGCCAUUAGCUACCAGCAGAGUGCAAUUCAGAAGGGAGGGGAUAAUUCAGCGAGGUUGAAGAUGUGUCAAAAUGCAGUGUUAUGGGUGAGCUGUGAUGACUCAAGAAGUUAAUGAUUAGCUGGCUAUUAUGUUGUAUUUAUUCCUGGUAGACUAACUAGUGCCACUGUCUUAACAUAUCGCCAGGUCUCACUUGAACCUUUAUCUAAAUAUCAAAAUAGGUCAAAUGUUUAACUGCUACAUUAAAACAGGAUCAAUGUUCAUUGAACUUGUCAGUGUUGAGCAUAAACACAACAGCUGUUACUGUGUUACUUUAAAUGCAUCACUUCAGUUCAAAACCAUAGGAAAUGUUUGACUUAGCCAUUAGUGGUGUGUAUAGCAUACUUUUGAAAAUCCAUUGUAUGGACUGUUUUUUGUUUUUGUAUAACUUUAUUGCAUUUUUAAUGUUUCAUACAGCUUAAUAAAUAUACUUUUAAACUUAGGGUCUUAGUUUGGACAUUUUCGUCCCAUAUAUGUAUUUAACACCAAUGUCUAUCUCUCCAGUGUAGCUGACAAAAGGCAAGUGCUACAUGACACCAUGACCAUUAAAAAUUAAGUAGCAUCAGAUAGUUUACUGCUGUGUGGUGUUGAUAAAACUAAAAAGAGCAAGAAAUGAAGCAAUCAAACAGGCCAUCGCAAAUAGAGUGUGUUUUUAUUUCAUGUAUUUCAUGUUUUGUGUGUGCUAAGGAGGAAGUAAAAGAGAAACAGCAGGAGUUGGUAAAAGUUAGACCAUCCUAAAGUGUCACAGGUAAAAACUCUGGAACAUGUGAGGAUUAAAGUUCAUUUGAUAACCUGGUAUGCGAAAUA